GCGUGGGCUUCAAAGCUGGCUACAAAAGGCAGCCAUUAAACGGACGUUUAUCAUUCUUCGCAGUUACGUUUUCAGAGUUUCUUAGAUCGGCGCAGAUUUUCUUUGUACCGUGAAGUAGCACCUCUACCAUUUUUUGCGACGUACGGAACGAUUCCAGAAGAUUAUAAUGUCGGAUAAAAUGGAUAUGUCCCUGGACGACAUCAUCAAGCAGAACCGGCAGCAGCAGCGUGGCGGCGGCGGCCGAGGAGGGAGAGGCCGGGGCCGAGGAGGGACGGGCGUGGGCCGUGGCGCCGGAGGAGCAGGCCGACUAGGCGGAGGUUUUGGUGGACGGGGAGGUGGAUCAGGCCCCAUGCGGAAUCGCCAGAAUUUGCUCCGUGGAAGAAAUAGGCCUACACCGUACAGCAGGCCAAAGCAGCUUCCAGACAAAUGGCAACAUGACCUGUUUGACAGUGGCUUCGGAGGCAGUGGGGGUGGUGCUGGUGUGGAGACGGGUGGGAAGCUUCUGGUCUCCAAUCUUGACUUUGGUGUAUCAGAUGCUGAUAUUCAGGAACUUUUUGCUGAAUUUGGUACCUUGAAAAAAGCAGCAGUACAUUAUGAUCGUUCUGGCCGCAGCUUAGGUACUGCAGAUGUACAUUUUGAAAGGAAAGCAGAUGCAUUAAAGGCAAUGAAGCAGUAUAACGGUGUUCCUCUUGAUGGCCGUCCAAUGAACAUUCAGCUUGUCACAUCACAGAUCGAUACACAAAGACGACCACCUGUUCAGAGCCUUGGACGCGGAGGUGGAAUGAAAAGGACCAGAAUUGGUGGGGGAUUUGGAGGACCUAUGAGACGAGGUGGACGGGGUAUUGGUGGUGGAAACAGAGGCAGAGGAAGAGGCGGUCGAAAUAAUAAUGGCAAACAGCAACUAUCCGCAGAAGAACUUGAUGCACAGCUUGAUGCAUACAAUGCAAGGAUGGAUACCAGCUAAGAUGGGACACUGCUGAUUUUCAUUUUUGUUGGGGAGGAAACAUUUUGAGCUGGGGUUGUCUUAAUUGUGGAAUAGGUUUUAAUUUUUUUUUUUUAUGGAAUUUGUGUGGGAUUUUUGUACUGGAUUAUUUUUGGUGGGGGGGGGGGGGUAGAAAUGUUACUGGUUGUGUGCUACUGUGGGAGUGGGGACUUGUUUGUUCCCCCCUAGUUAUUGAAAUAAACCUACAGUGUAUUUAACCAAAGACUUUUUUUUUUUUUUUUUUGGUCUGGUUUUUGUCUUAAGUAUUCCAUCAAAAGUAAGACUAGUAGUUCUUGAACUUGUAUGUAACUUUUAAAUAUUAGCUGAAAUUUUAUUGCCCCUUAAUGUAAAACCUCCCAACUGUGGGAAGGAGUGGCUUCUUUUGAAAAGCAAUGGUGAGAUCUAAUAUUUGUUUAGAUUUCAUGGAUAUGAUUGCCAGUCCAAGAGUGCAUCUUUAAAGUUGGACUCCAUUUUGUGCUCUUCUUCUUCUUGAAAACCCUGAGGAACAACCUUAACCUGUCUGAGACUAAAGGACAUUUUUCUAAACACUGCUUUGGAAUAUACUGCAUUUUAAGCAGAUCUUCGGUUUCUUUAGAAGUGUUCAAUGGAAAUAAUUUGAAUAACUUUACAGUUGUGCUGUACAAAAAGUUAAGCUAUCAUUUUGCCUGACUGCAUGUUCAAAGUUCUCUCUGCUGCUCUGCAAAUGUUUAAACAUAGCUGUAGCUUUCUUUAAAAUCUUCAGUAAAUGGCCAUACAUCUUCUGAAACCUUUGCAAGAUUCCAUUUUGUAUUUAAGACACUUCGGACAAAUGACAGAAUAUGACUUUGUAACUGGAAUUUUUUUUUUUUAUCACUUGUCAGAAUGACAUACAAGUCAAAAUACAGAGUUAAUAUUACUGGCCAGUGGACACUGUUUCAGCAGUAGUGGCUGCUUUUGUUGGACAAUGUAACAAGGAAACACAUACUGGUCUGUUCAAGUCACCCAGUACUGCAAUGUAUACACGGCCUCCGGAUCAUGUAAGAGGAUCUGCUGCUAUCCUAACACAAGCAAUAACGAGAGGUUGUAUAUCAUGCUUGCUUGUGUGUAGAAGCAUUCUUUAUGAAUGGAUCCAGGUUAAAGUGUUUAAACUAAAUUGCUGAUGAUGCAUUAUUUGAAUUUCCAUUAAUAAAAGAUCUGAACUUUUUU